CAAUAAACUACACCAUCAACAAGGAUUGAGUAGAGUACUCGAUAGGUAAUUACAGAAUGGAAGACAGCUUGACGGAGAAGAAAUCAGGUUGUGGUAUAUUAAAUGCAGUUUUUGGGCGACAUAGCUUUUGGCCACGAAGAUCUACCUCAACCGGUUCGAUUCCCACUGGGAACCGUCCUGAUUUUGUCAAGACACCAGACACUCCAAAUUCAAGGAGGAGACGAGUUGGCUCCGAUGACAGCUCCAUCCUUGAAACCUCAUCAAACGUAUCAGAAUCGUCAUCAAAACCCGUGGGUAGACCUAUCCAAAAUCCUCACAUGCCGCCUCCUUUCUAUCGCCAAAACUAUGGCAGACCCUUUAAUGAGGCUACGGUAGUGGCACCCUCAUCAGGUACAGGCUUAGCAAAGAUAUCUCCUUGCCAAGGAUAUGUCAACCAGGGGAAGAAGGUGCCAAGGGAAGCAAUUGGCAUUUCUGGGGAGCUCGAAAGCAUCAUCGUGGAUCACCAAAAACAUCAGGGAGGUAGUAAUCUUGUUCGGGCGUCAUCGAGCAACGUCAUGCUUUUUGGCAAUCUGGGUAACUUGAGGCAACCAGGAGGAAAUGUGAAUUCGUACAAAGUUUUUAAUCAUCAUCCCAAGUCAGAAAGAGAAGAGGGCCCGAUGUUCAACGGAAAUUACUCAACCAGCGUGAUGGGAAAUGUGGUAAAGAGUGCUAAUAGAGAAGGGAAACUAGGCGGAGAACAGUCAGGUUCCUUGUGCAGGGCCAUCUCGACCAGAACGGAUCCUGAAACAUUGAAAAUUUUGGGCAACGAGGAUUACAAGAAUGGAAGAUUUGCAGAAGCCCUGGCCUUGUAUGAUGCUGCAAUUGCUAUUGACCCCAACAAGGCUUCGUACAGAAGCAACAAAAGUGCUGCAUUAGCCGCUCUGGGUAGGAUUCUUGAGGCAGUUUUUGAAUGCAAAGAAGCCAUCCGUAUAGAACCUCAUUAUCAUAGAGCUCAUCAUCGUUUGGCAACAUUAUAUUUUCGAUUAGGGGAGGCAGAAAAAGCUCUGUAUCACUACAAACAUGCAGGACCGGAGGCCGACCAUGUUGACAUUGCCAAGGUGAAAACGCUUCAGGAGCAUCUCAACAAGUGCACCGAGGCUCGCAAAUUACGAGAUUGGAACACCCUGAUUAAGGAAACAGGGAGAGUCAUGUCUGCAGGGGCAGAUUCAGCACCACAGAUAUUUGCUUUUCAAGCCGAGGGCUUGUUGAAGCUCCGGAGGCAUCACGAGGCGGAUGAGACAAUGCUGAAGUGUCCAAAUUUUGGGGCUGACGCUUGUACUAAAUUCCUGGGGCCUAUUGGUAGUGCAUAUGUGCUAGUCAUCCGGGCUCAAGUUGACUUGGCAGCCGGCAGAUUGGAUGAGGCGUUGGAGGCAGUUCAACGAGCAGCUCGCCUUGACUCGAAUAAUAGGGAAGCAAACAUUUUUAUGAGGAAGGCUAAGGCUGUUGCAGAAGCUCGAUCAAGAGGUAACGAGUAUUUCAAGGCGUCGCGAUUCUCAGAGGCAAGUGCUGCAUACGGGGAGGGACUGGAACAUGACCCAUAUAAUUCAGUAUUGUUCUGCAACCGAGCCGCUUGUCAGUCCAAACUUGGCCAAUUUGAGAAAGCAGUGGAGGACUGCACUGUUGCCCUUAACGUACGACCCUCUUACAACAAGGCUAGACUAAGAAGAGCCGAUUGCAAUGCCAAGUUGAAAAAAUGGGAAGCUUCCAUUGAAGACUACGAAGUCUUGUCAAAGGAAACACCGGAAGACGAGGAGGUGCGCCGACUCUUGUUGGAGGCCCAGAAUCAGGUCAAGAGACAACGUGGUGAAGAGGUGCAAGGCAAUUCGGCAUCAAGUGUGUAAUGGAGCUUAUUGAUCGGGUCGUCAUCUUGUCCCAAGUAAAAGGAGACUCAAGACAUGGAGAUCGAGA